GGAGAGCGGUUGAAAAAAAUGAUGCUUGACUCAGUUGAUGUCGAGCAAUCAAGCCGACCGGACAAGCCAAAUAGUGUGAUUGAAGUUGCGUUUCGCUGCCGUUAUCGGUGAUUCACGGUGUUUUGACAUUGUUGCAUUGCUGUUUACAUAUAAAUACAAUUCCGCUUCAAGCAAAAAAAUGGCGAAUGCCCGCCCGCAUGCACACACAAUUGAUAAGCGCUCUUUCUGGACAGAGUUUUUUGCGCUAUAUGAGAGUUUGCCAGCGUUGUGGGACCUCAGUAACCCGCUAUAUAAGGAUCGGCAGAGUAAAACACACGGCUAUGAAAUAUUGGUGAUGAAAAUGCGCGAAAUUGAUCCGCAUGCAUGUCGGGAAGAUGUUUUGCGCAAAAUCAACAUAUUUCGUACCAAUUAUCGACGUGAAUGCACACGCAUCAAAGCGAGUAAUCAAAUGGGCAAACGGUAUAAUACCUCACUCUGGUACUUUCACAUGCUCGACUUUUUGCGGAGCCAAGAGUUUCGCAAAGAGCGGAAACGUGUGCCGAAUAGUGAUAAGAAAAUUUUGCGGCGAAUGGUGAGAACACAAUCGGACAUUGAGAAAGUAAGAUCACAGCUUUUGGAAUCGCCACACACAUCACAAGACAGCUCCAGCGAAUACAAAGUUCAGCUUAACAAAUAUGAAUAUGCAUCUGAUAAUGGUAACGAAACAGAGGAGCAUUUAGAGGCGGUUCAGUAUUUAGACGAGAAUUCGUUUCAGCAGCAAUUUCAGAAUCAUUUUCGUUCACUUACAUUUCCCAACCAAAAGCAACAUCAUAUAAUAUCAUCACCAAAUGAUGAAGAAAUCAAAACGGUUAGAGAUGCAGACACUGAAGACUAUCAUGAAAUCAUUAACAUUGAUGAUUCAUCGCAUACUGUCGAUGAUAUGUUAGAUGUAAAAACUGUCGAAGACUGUAGUAAGAAUCUAACGGCUGAAUCUAUAGCAUCUACACCACCAGAACUGUCAGAGCAACUCAUAACAACUAGACAAAUCAGAAAAACACCAUUAACAGGUAUAAUUAAGGAAGAGGCGAGAGGACGUGCGGAGCAGUCAUAUCGAGCAGGUCUUGCUAUUAGUGAAUCUACAGAGAUAUUAGCAAAAUCGUGGGCAAUACAGUAUGAAGAAAUGUCCCAGGAGCAAAGAAUUUAUGCACGCAAAGCGAUAGCUGAAAUACUUUUUGAAGGUUGCCUUGGAAACUUAGGACGUCAACGAAAUGUUAAAACACAUGUUAAUGCUACGGAGCCUGUAGUUUCAACACAAUACGAAAAGGAUGAGAUUAUGGAGGAUAAUGAAGAAGUUACAGAGCAUAUACCGGAAGAAACACUACUGCACAUGGAUGAUGGCAAUCCCACUUACGUAUAUGCAGUCGGUAGUGAGCAAAUGCAGCUACACGAAUACAUGCAUUGACUUGUAUAUAAACGAAAGGCCAAAAGUGAAUUUUCUGUCUGAGUUUAAACAAAUUGCUACCGCUCUAUAUUCUGAAAACACGUCAAUCUCCAUCAAUCAAUCAGUGAAUUUCCUCUAUCAUUUUCACAUGACUGCGAUGACAGACGUUUCUUCUUCUAUCGUUUCGUCUAGACGUGUUCAAUUGGCUUAAGUAAUAGACGAAACACACAGACAUGCCUUUAGACAAGGAUCCAAAAAUAUUGUCUCUGAUACAAGCAGUACGAACGAAUAAAGUCUUGUAUGAUAUUCGGCAUGAAAACUAUUUGGAUGCCGACCAUACAAACAGAAUUUGGAAAGGUGUGGCGCUGCAAUGUGGUUAUGACAAUGUUGCAGAGGCGAAAAAAGUUUGGAAAGAUCUGAAUACUCAUUUUAUGACAUGCUAUCGCAAUAAAUUUAUACAAAAUGGUAAUGAAAGUGGAGCUAAAUCAUAUUCAAAUUAUUGGGAAUACAAUAGUGAAAUGCAUUUUAUAGUGCCAUAUAUAGUGAUGAAUAAAGUAAUAGAAGAGAACGUUUUGAACACAAGUGAAAGUAAACAAGCAGAAAAAGGUAGUAUUCCUGCAAUAACUAUAUCGUCAAUAAGAGCAUCUGCUGAGACACAAACACCUUUGGAGAACAUACGUAUGGAUAUACCGGACAUUAGUGAGGAAAACAUGACACAAAAUGAAUUAUGCUUGCGUAGUUAUUUUGAUGCAAUAUUCCGCGCAACGUGUACAUUACCAUUAAAAUGGCAAAAUAAAGUUAAGCGGGACAUGUUACAAUCGCUAAACUCGGCAGAGAUUUUAGCUGACGCAGAUAGAAGGUCGUUGCUCAGGGCGAAACAGGAGAAGAGUUUAAUAAACAACCACUAAAAUUUUUAAGUUAUGUGGAAAAUAUGGAUCUACAUUUUUGUUGGGAGUGCCUCAUCAGUUCUACACGACAAAACAAAAACAAUUAACAGCUGUGUUAAAUAGAUAUUUUGAUUAUUACAAAACAGGAAAAAUUUGUGAAAUAUUUUGCUCGUGUGAAAAGUUGUUCGUAUUAGAUUUGACAUAAUCAGCUGUUUGCUGACGUCAGGCUAGCAAAUGUUAAUGAAUCCUUAUGUGUGGGUAUUGUUGUAUUUUUUCGCUACGUCAAAGAAUGUGUAA